AAUUGUAUUGUAUAAAUAGUGUGUAAUCAAUAUGGGUGGUAUAGAGGAUGAAGAUAAAGUACCGUUUGAGGAAGCGUUAAACAAAACAGGAUUCGGUCUAUACAGCUAUUCAUUAAUAAGCGUGUCGGGGCUUGUGGUGAUCGCUCUGGUAUGUACAGCGUACGGAAAUACCAUUAUAAUUCCGACUAGUGCCUGUGAACUAGAGACCACUACCGCGCAGAGGGGAAUUCUGGCCGCAGCUCCGGUCGUAGGUCUGAUCAUUGGUGGUGUGUUAUGGGGCUACCUCGCUGAUGUCUUUGGUCGAAGAUUGACACUCAUAAUAUCUUUAAUAUCCUCUGCGGCUGUCAAUGCCCUCGCCAGUAUAUCAGUGAAUUGGAUUAUGCUCAUGAUACUUCAAUUUAUCGCUACACUCUUAUCCUCGGGUCAGUAUUCAAUGGCUAUGACAAUGCUUAGUGAAAGUGUUCCUAUGAUAAAGCGAAACAUAGUGGUCCUACUCGUGGGUAGUAUAUUCCUGUUAGCACAAGGAGUAAUGGCAAUAUUGGCAAUACCAAUAAUUCCACUAACCUUCUCUUAUGAGUUGCCUACCCUGGGUAUUUUCUGGAACUCCUGGCGAACUUUACUUUUGGUGUAUUCAGCACCAAGUAUAUUGUCUGCAUUAUGGCUAUUCUUCAUGUAUGAAAGUCCGAAGUUUUUGUUCGCUAAAGGUCGAGAGAUUGAAGUUUUAAAUAUUUUAAAGAAAAUUCAUAGGUUAAAUAAUUUGGGCUCCAAGUCGGAAUACAAUGUACAAAGUUUUGUUGUGGAAACUACGACUAAUUCAGGCUCCAAAUCAGCGAAGGAACACAUUUUACCAUUAUUUAAAUCGCCGUUAUUAAAGAACACAAUAAUUCUGACCAUUCUUUUUGUAUUCCAACAAAUCGGUUCGUUCCAAGUGUGGCUGCCCACAAUUACUAAUCAAUUGGUAGAAAUAUUGGAUACAGGAGAAGGUUCAAAUCUUACGCUUUGCAGUAUACUUCGGAGCAGUAUCAAUGCUCCUCCUGAUCCCGAUGCCGUACCUUGUUCUUUGAACAUAACGUCUCUUCUGAUCGUGCUUGCGGUUGGCGCCGUGCAGUCCGCUACAAAUACUAUUAUAAGCUUAGUAAUAAAUCGCACCGGUCGACGUAACAUGAUGAUGUUCAUAGCAGCAUUUUGUGGCUUAUGCGGCAUUAUUGUAAAUCUCGUACCGAACGCCAUCGGCAGUGCUGUCAUGUUCUUCCUUUUCCUAAUCGGUAUCGUCAAUAUGGGACUGUAUACAGCCAUGGCUGUAGCACUUUUCCCUACGUACCUAAGGGCACUAGCGGUGGCUUUUACGAUGACAGGAAGUCGUAUUAGCGCUUUUGCGUCUGUGCAAAUUCUUAACCAAUUACUAGAAAGUAAUUGCGAAGUCGGCUUCUACGUCUUUUCAGCUAUUUUUGCAUCUUCUGCGGGAAUCGCCAUUUUUCUUGCUAAUGAUCGGAGACCUUAAAAACUACAGCGAAACACAAAUUUUAG